CGUUUUUUAAAAUCCGGCAGCGUGGCUCUGUCAGACCCAGAAAACGUCUAAGCGGAUUAUUUGGACACGAGAAAUUCGAUACAAUUCGAAUGAUUCCUUAAACCAACCAGCAGUUUACGGUUUUAUUUGUUUGACGUUUAUUCGUGUUUUUAGAUUCAUUAUUUGACUUAAUGUUUUACCCUUCUCGUACCAGUGUACUUGCUUUUGUCGCUCUCAUUGCUGGCCUCUACCUCGCCCAACGUAACACCAUGGAGGAAGAAAAAUUCACCAUCAGUGUAGAGUGGUAUGAUGACAUAUCUUCAUUGGUGCGUCCAUUUGUCUUGUUUUACUACCCUUCAGACAGGACAGUUGAAAUGUACGACAGCAGGCAAAAGAAAACAUUUUUGAAGAGAUCAUUCUGCGAGACAGUGGCAGAAAUUGAUCUGUACAUUGGGAACAAAAUUACAGUUUUUGGAAGAGAACUGAAGCUGAUAGAAUACCUCGACAAUACAACCAAAACUGAAUUGGCAAAGAAAUCAGAAAGAACUUAUGCCAUGCUCAAACCUGAAGUCAUUGAGCAGAUGGGAAAGGUCCUAUCCUUUAUUGAAGGAAAGGGAUUCAGAUUCAACAAACUGAUGCUGACCAAAAUUGGUGCAAAUAGAGCAGCGGAAUUUUACAAGGAACACCAGGGUCGAGCAUUUUAUGAAAAACUUGUAAAUUACAUUUCGUCCGGUCCUGUCCUCGCCAUGGAACUGUUAGCCCCGUCAGCCAUCAGGUAUUGGCGAGUAAGUUUGGGACCAACCGAUCCAGAUGUGGCUCGCAGUGAUGCACCCAAUACUCUUCGGGCCCUGUUUGGAAAAGAUACUACUUAUAAUGCUGCUCAUGGAUCGGAUUCACCAGAAGCUGCUGCCAGGGAGCUCAACUUAAUAUUCAAUAAUUUGAAUAGCCAUUACGAACCUUCCUACAUCAAAACUUUGUGCCUUGUUAAGCCACACAUUCUCCAAGAAGGGAAGUUGGGCGCACUCAUCGCUGCCAUUCAACAAAAUAACUACAGAGUUUCUAGUCUGAAGCUUCACAGAAUGAGUUCAACUGAAGCUGAGCAGUUCUUUGCUGCUUAUAAAGGAGUUUGGGAUGAUUACCCGGCCCAAAUCAAACAUUUCACUUCAGGACCAGCCGUGGCAUUGGCUGUAGAUUCCGAUGUCAACACAUUUAGAGAAUUUGUCGGUUCAUUUGAUCCGAAUACUGCGCGGAAAUUACAUCCUUCUUCCUUGCGAGCCCGAUUCGGUCAUGACAUUACACAUAACGCAAUCCAUUGUACCGACUUACCAGACGAUGGUAUUCGAGAGGUUGAGUUCUUUUUCAAGGAUGUUGGUGGUUUCCAGUAAAAUAAAGGCAAUAUUGUGGACCACAAUGCAAUAACUGCACCGAAACGGGAAAAUUUCGGAAUCGGGUAGAAGUAGGACAAAGUAAUGAAAUUAUGUGGGUGAUGAACAUCUAAGUGGGUAUUGAACUCAUCCUAUAAAAAGUUUGGGGGAAAAAAUACAGCAAUAAUAAUAACAAG